GAUAAACUCCUCGUUAGAAAUCGCGUUUCUCCCUCAGGGGCCCCCCUCUAUCGCCAGGCCCUUGGAAUCAGGGCAGGGCAACCGUGCCAUAGCUGGGACAUUCUGUAAUUUGGUAUCAUUUUAGACAUGUCCUUCAUGGGCCACUGUGGUCCUGUGUCAAACCCUUAGUAAAUUCCCCCCACACACACCUUAAAUCAUUUCACAUACCGUACAUACUCACAACUUUUUCCAUAUUGAUGUUUCUGUUAUCAGAUCUGUUUCUGGCACAUUGGAUCAGUGGGUUAUGCCAUCCCAACUGAGUCCGGAGUCCAUGUUCUCUUGGCUUUCCUCCAGGUACUCCGUGAUUUGAAGAUGUCUGGGAUGUCCUGUGAUUUGGUGAAUUUUAAGCAUGUAACAAAUGGUCCUGGUUCUGUAUCAAACCCGAAAGUUACAUCACAACCACACCCCAGCCUGUCCCUGUUAACGGGCCGAAUUGACUGAGGCAUCCCAAGCAGGAAUAGGCUACUUGUUGUUUCUACAGGACUCACACUUCAGUUGACUAUGGCUGGCAGACAGGCAGUGAAAGUGUACUUAGAUCUUGUGUCUCAGGCCUGCAGGGCUGUACUAAUAUUCCUCAAAGACAACAAAAUACCACAUAUGGUGGAAAACACUGCCAUACGAAAAGCACAGCAGAAAACACCUGAGUUCACCAAACUCAACCCCAUGCAAAAGCUGCCAGUGUUAGAGGACAAUGGAUUUGUUCUCACUGAGAGUGACGCCAUAUUGAAGUAUUUGGCAACAGCCUAUAAUGUCCCUGAUCACUGGUACCCCAAACUGCCACAGAAGAGAGCCCGAGUGGAUGAGUACACAGCCUGGAAUCAUGCCAACAUGCGCACACACAUUUCCUUCAUCUUCUUGCAAGAGGUUUUACUGCCAUUCAUGGGACAGCCGACAAAUCCAGAGAAACUUAAAAAGGUGCUGGCAGACCUGGAUGGCACACUGGACAAGCUGGAAAACAUGUUUCUGAAGAACCAGGCCUUCUUAUGUGGUGACGACAUCUCAUUGGCUGACCUGUUAGCAGUUUGUGAGCUCAUGCAGCCUAUGUGCAGCCAGAGGGAUGUUCUGAAGGACAGACCCAAACUACUGAGCUGGAGGAGUCAAGUCCAGUCAGCGCUCUCAGACUCCUUUGAUGAAGCUCACUCUGUUGUCUACCAAAUAAGAGAAGUUCACGGCUAAACUGUCUCCCUGUCCAAAACAAGGCACUCUGUAAAGAUAUUUUUCACAACUAGUCACAAUUAACAUGAGUAGUAUUAUAAAGCCACGGAAUGUCACCGAUUUUGAUUGAUGACCGACAGCUGUUGACCUUUGACCUUAGGGAUUAACUUUAUGACCUUUUAAUGAUCGCAGCAGUGUUAUUGUCAUGAAUCUAGUCUGCACUUCCGUCCAUUCAUCACCAGAGGUCACUCGCUCACCACAUGGACUUUCACACCACACACCACAUGGACUCCAUCUCCCAUCAUCCAACACUGAUCACAGCUGUCACCAAUCACUCAUUGCACUAAUCACACGCACACCUGAUCCCACGCACAUACUGAUCUCACAUGCUUUAUAAGCCUUGGACUUUCUCUGCCUCUCUGCCGAGUAUUGUAUGCGUUUACCGCUCCCAUAGCCGUAGCUACUCUACCGAGCCCCUGUUGUUUUCCUAGUUUUCCCCUGCCUGUUUGGUUUGUGUUUUCCCGUGUUUGUUCUAGCCCGUGUUUCCCUGGAUUAACCCUUGCCUUGCCGUUUGGACUCUCAUUGCACCCCAUUGGAUUCUAGCCCGUGUUCCCUGGAUUAUCUCUCUGCCUUGCCCACUGGAUACUGUUGCUGAUCAUCGACCUUCGCUUGCCCUAGGAUUACUCUUUGUCUUGUCCCUGCCAUACCUGUUUGCCAUUGUUUCGACCCUGCCUGUACGACCACGUCUCUGCCUAAAUAAAGCUUGCACAUGGAUCCGCACGACUCACGUCUCGUCAGCCAUGUUACAGAAUACUCGGCCUCACGAGGAUCCAGCAGCUUUUCCAGCAAUGGACCCUGGUCAGGUAUGGAUCCUUUCAACC